AUGAUGAUGCGGAGUGGUGUGGAUCUAUAUCCUAAGAGCCAGUCUAUGCAUCCUCUUGUUGAUGAGGAAGAGGGAACGAAGUUUACUAUGGUCGAUAGCGAUGUGAAUGAAGAUUUAUCUCGGUUUAGUAUUAGGAGUAUGGAGAAUGAGGAAUUUCAGGUUAGAGGUAGAGACGCGGAUUAA